UUUAAGAAUAAUAUAAUAUAAUUUAUUAAAUAAUAUAUAAAAUAAAGAUAGAUAUUGGGAAUCCAUGACCGGCUUUACAAUCUUGUGAAGGAGUCCUUUCGUGACAAUAGAUGCGAAGAUCUUUAUAACGUCCAUCAGCUCCAUAGACACGUGAAGUUGACAAGUGAGACAUUCAUGAACACCGGACGUAAGACGAAGCAAAUUACAACAAGCUAAUCUGGUUCCAAUUUUAAUAGUACGCGGUGACCCUACUUGUCCCAUGACGAUCCCACGCUUGAGGUAUGAAAUGGAACCAUGGUGGUUUGUUCUUCUUGUUGGACACAGUGGUAUAGUACCAUCAACGCCGCCACCAACGCCAACAGUUUCAGCACUACCAGCAUCACUACCAACGCCAACAGCGCCACCACCACCACCACUACCACCACAAGAAAAUGAAGGCAGUGAUUUAAGCAGAAAAAGCAGCUCUUUGUCAUCUGUUAUCUUACUUGGUUCGGUUGCCCCUUCCCACAGGGCUAUAUUGGACUUUUUGAAGGAAAUAAUGCCCUUGGAUCCCAUCCAAGACAUUACGACAGAAACCUUCCUUACCGAAGAAGCAAUAUCUACUCUUGUCGUGACCUAUCUCCCAGAUGGCGCAGUCAAGAAAAGUCAACUUGCUGAGUGGAUGGCAAAAGAUGGUGCGUGGGGUGUGACGAAGAAGAGGGGCACAUCGGAUGGAAAAAUACAAGGCCGUCAGUACAAUCUGGUGAAGGAGUCAUUUCGUGACUACAGAUGGGAAGACUUGACGAACGUCCACCGAUUCCGUAGGCAUGUUAAGUUCACAAAGGAUACCAUGAUGACAAUUGGCUACGUCAGGCGAAGCAAAACCAUGGACCGUCUCGGUUCAAAAUUAAAAUCUUUGCAACUAUAGUCCGUGAAACUCAUCAAGAAAUUGCUUUGUGAGAAAGUCUUUGGGUCCAUAAACACUUCGUCAAGUUCCGACAUCAUUUCAAGGGACCACAAUGAUGACAAGAAAUGGCUUGACGAAGUAAAAUACUGCGUAGGAAACACACAAGACAUGAUAGACGAACUAAACACCUGUUCAAAGAAGAUUCGUCUGGUCACGAUUGACUUUGCGGGCUUUUGCACAAACACCGAUUUUUUGCGUAAUUUUGUCUCAAUGCCAACGAGAUUGUCGUAAAUCUUGACCCACUUGUUUACAGGAGGUAACAUCCCCAGGUACCGUCUCAAGCUGUCCAUUCGUCAAGAUACUGCAUCUUAAUUUCGACAUCGAAAAGGUAGGCGGCCGCAGGAGUGUAUUCAGUUCUUUAGUAUAAAUACACUUAUCAGUGAUGUUUC